UAUCCAACAGAGAAACUGUACCUGUAGAUACGGCGCGCAGGUUUUGUUAACAAUGUCUCAACUGCUGAAGCUGUAUCUCGUUGCUUACAAUUCUCUUCAGGCUUUUGGCUGGACAAUUUCUCUGUUCAGAAUUCUGACCAGUUUCAUAGCCACCAACUCAGUCAAUGGAGCUUACGCUUCUGCUGGGGACUUAAUCUGUUUGUUACAAACUUGUGCAUUCUUGGAAGUUAUACAUGGAGCAAUAGGGAUUGUUCCAAGUGGAGUGUUGUUUCCUCUAAUGCAAUGGGGUGGAAGAACACAUUUCUUGUUAGCGAUUGUCCGCCAGAUUGAUGAGGUCCAGGAGUUUCCUGCAGUUUUCAUAACUUUUUUUGCUUGGAGCCUUUCUGAGGUAAUCAGGUAUUCGCAUUAUGCUUCAAACACGUUUGGCAGUUGUCCAUCUUGGCUCACCUACCUCAGGUACACUGCAUUCAUUGUGCUGUAUCCUAUGGGACUUGCUCCUGGUGAAAUGUGGCUCAUGCACCAAGCACUUCCAUUUAUAAAGAAGAAGAACCUCUAUGAGGAUUUCUUUGCUGGUCUUCCCUUUAGCUAUUAUAAUUUUCUCAGGGUUUUUCUUCUCAUCUACCCUUUCCUUUGGUUGAAAUUGUACCUCCAUUUAUUUAAGCAACGACGGUCAAAACUGGGCAAACACCACGAGAAGAAGAAAAGAUGAAGGUUGGAUGUUUUUCUUAUACUUCAAGGGCCAAAUAUGAGAUUAAUCCUUUUUUAUUUACUUUUAACCAGUAAUUCUGGAAUAUAAGUUACUAUAACUUUGAUAUUCAUGAUAAUAAUAGAUGGACUUCAUCAAUUCGUAGUGUAUUUCUUACGUAACAAGCAAGGUGUACUUCCUGGGAUUGAAAUGCGCCCUAUAUUAAGCAGAUGAAUCAGAUCCUUCUGUUCUUCAA